GUGAAUCCCGCUGCCGCCGCCACCGCCGCCGCCGCCGCUGCCGUAGCUGUACAGUGUGUGUGUGUGAGAGAGCGAGCGAGGGAGCGAGCGAGCGAGGGAGGGAGAGGGAGAUCGCAUGGAGCCGCGGCUGUAACACACACACACUGUCAAUACCUCACUCCGGCUCCCCCCCCCCACCCCACCACAACAGUAACCCAAUUCAUUGUGUGAUCCAGCAGCACCAUGUUGAGUCUCAUGUGCAGGCUGGAUCGGUUGGGUUUGUGGUGCUGAGAGAGGCAGCAGCAGCGGGAGGAGGAAUUACUGAGAGGUGCCCCUCUCCCUCCCUGCCUCUUUGCCUGUGUGUUGUGUGGAGACAGGACUCGCAAUUACCACACUCUCUGGGCUCCCUUAUUCCUUUUAAACUUUUUUUUAAACAAGCCCCUCUCCAUGGCUGAACCCCGGCCGAGCACGGGCACCUGGGUCUCUUAAAGACAAGGAGGAGCCGGGGAUUGUUGUUGUUGUCGGCCGUUUUGCUUUUUUUUUUUUUUUUUUUAAUUGGAUUUUUUUUUUACAAGAACCUUUUUUAAUACAAAAAUGGCAAAUUCGACGGGUAAAAACCACGCAGACCAGCGGAGAAAGGGACUCGCUUUCCUGGACGAGCUGCGGCAGUUUCACCACAGCAGAGGGUCUCCUUUUAAGAAGAUCCCCGUGGUGGGUGGGAAGGAGCUGGAUCUUCACGCUCUCUACACCAGAGUCACCACUUUAGGCGGAUUUGGGAAGGUAUCAGAGAAGAAUCAGUGGGGAGAAAUUGUAGAGGAGUUUAACUUUCCCAGAAGUUGUUCUAACGCUGCCUUCGCUUUAAAACAGUAUUACUUGCGUUAUCUAGAAAAGUAUGAAAAAGUCCAUCAUUUUGGGGAGGAGGAUGAUGAGGUACAACCAGGCAAUCCAAAGCCACAACUUCCUAUUGGUGCAAUUCCAACUUCCUAUAACUACCAGCAACACAGUGUGUCAGAUUACCUUCGUCAAAGCUAUGGGCUGUCUAUGGACUUAAACUCACCAAAUGACUAUAAUAAAUUGGUGCUUUCACUGUUAUCUGGACUCCCAAAUGAAGUGGACUUUGCAAUUAAUGUAUGUACUCUUCUUUCCAAUGAAAGCAAGCACGUUAUGCAGCUUGAAAAGGACCCUAAAAUCAUCACUUUACUGCUUGCAAAUGCUGGAGUGUUUGAUGACACUUUAGGAUCAUUUUCUGCUGUGUUUGGUGAAGAAUGGAAGGAGAAAACUGAUAGAGAUUUUGUUAAGUUUUGGAAGGAUAUUGUUGAGGAUAUUGAAGUUCGUGAUCUGAUUUCUGACAGAGGCAAAUCUCAAGAUAUUCCAUCGGAAGAAUGGAUUUGGGAAUCCUUAUUUCAUCCACCUCGCAAAUUGGGCAUUAAUGAUAUUGAAGGGCAGCGGGUACUUCAGAUCGCAGUGAUCUUACGUAAUCUUUCUUUUGAAGAGGGAAAUGUUAAACUUUUGGCAGCUAAUCGUACUUGUCUUCGGUUCCUGCUACUCUCUGCUCAUAGUCACUUUAUUUCUCUACGACAGUUGGGGCUUGACACGCUGGGAAACAUUGCAGCAGAGCUUCUUUUGGAUCCUGUUGAUUUCAAAACUACUCAUCUAAUGUUUCACACUGUUACAAAAUGCCUCAUGUCAAGGGACAGAUUUUUAAAAAUGAGAGGCAUGGAAAUCUUGGCAAAUCUUUGUAAGGCUGAAGAUAAUGGUGUCUUAAUUUGUGAAUAUGUGGAUCAAGAAUCCUAUAAAGAGAUCAUAUGUCAUCUCACGCUACCAGAUGUGCUGCUUGUAAUCUCAGCACUUGAGGUGCUAUACAUGCUUACAGAAAUGGGAGAAGUGGCCUGCUCAAAGAUUGCUAAAGUAGAGAAGAGUAUAGAUACAUUAGUAUGUCUGGUUUCUAUGGACAUCCAGAUGUUUGGCCCUGAUGCACUUACUGCUGUAAAACUCAUUGAACAUCAGUGCAUUAGCCAGCAAGGAGUACCUGAUGUCAGACCACCAGUAAUGGAUCAUGGUUCUUCCCAGGCCCAUGCAACAGGUGUCCCAGCCUCUAGGACAGCACCACAUGUUGCUCCACCACCAGGAAUAGUUGAAAUAGACAGCGAGAAAUUUGCAUGUCAGUGGUUGAAUGCACAUUUUGAGGUGAAUCUUGAUUGUUCAGUCUCUCGAGCAGAAAUGUACUCUGAAUACCUCUCUACCUGUAGUAAAUUAGCUCGAGGUGGAAUCCUAACAUCAACUGGAUUUUAUAAAUGUCUGCGAACCGUCUUUCCCAAUCAUACAGUGAAGAGAGUAGAAGAUCCAAGUAACAAUGGUCAAGCACAUAUACAUGUGGUAGGAGUGAAGAGGAGAGCUAUACCACUUCCCAUUCAGAUGUACUAUCAGCAGCAACCAACUUCGUCUACCCCAGUUGUCCGGGUCGAUUCAAUUCCUGAUGUGUCUUCGUGUCCUUCGCCAGCAGGAAUCCCACACGGGCUACCAAGCGUAGGAAAUCACUAUCAGAGGACCCCUAUUAACCAGUCGUCAACUUUGACAGCAACACAGAUGUCUUUUCCAAUUCAAGGUGUUCAUACUGUGGCACAGACUGUUUCUAGAAUUCCACAAAACCCUUCUAUUCAUACACAGCAGCAACAAAAUGCGCCAGUGACUGUUAUACAGAAUAAAGGUCCAAUACCCUGUGAAGUAGUGAAGGCCACAGUAAUACAGAGCUCUGUUCCCCAGUCUGCAGUUCCUGUGACUAUUGCUGUAGGAGGAGCACCACAAGCUUCUAAUCAAAACCACAGCACUACAGGACAACAGCAGUCUGUUACUGUUGUGAGUUCUCAGACGUUGCUUCACCACCAACCUGUAAUUCAACAACAGUCUCCACUGCAUGCAGUGGUACCAGGACAGAUACCGUCGGGCACUCCUGUUACAGUGAUUCAGCAAGCUGUACCUCAGGGUCAUAUAUUUGGCAGAGUACAAAACAUACCAGCAUGCAGUUCAGCAGUUUCACAGGGUCAACAGCUAAUCAGCACAUCAUCGCAGCCUGGGCAGACAUCAUCGCAGCAGUGUUCUGCUGGCAACCAGCAACAAGAUACAGUCAUCAUAGCACCACAGCAGUAUGUCACAACCUCUGCAUCUAACAUCGUUUCUGCCACCACAGUUCAGAAUUUCCAAGUAGCAGCCGGGCAGGUGGUUACAAUUGCAGGUGUCCAGAACCCCCCAACAUCCAGGGUAGGGUUUCAGAAUAUUGCCCCCAAGCCUCUGCCAUCUCAGCAAGUUCCACCUGCUGUGGUACAGCAGCCACAGCAGCAGCCUCCGCCACCAUCCCAGCAAAGCGUAGUGAUCGUAAGCCAACCGGCUCAGCAAGGGCAAUCGUACGCACCAGCCAUUCAUCAAAUAGUGCUCGCCAAUCCAGCCUCCAUUCCCCCUGGACAAACUGUCCAGUUGGCUGGGCAGCCAAGCAUUACUCCAUCUUCUUCACCAUCCCCAGGUCCAGUUACAAAUAAUCAAGUCCCUGCAGCUAUGUCAUCUUCAUCUACCACUCCUCAGUCACAAGGACCCCCUCCUACCGUCAGCCAGAUGCUUUCUGUAAAGAGGCAGCAGCAGCAGCAACAUUCACCAGCAUCAUCGCAGCAGCAGGUACAGGUACAACAACCGAUACAAAUGCAGGUUCAGUCACAGCAAGCUAAUGCAGGAGUUGGCCAGCCUAACUCUGGUGAGUCUAGUCUGAUAAAACAACUGCUUCUUCCGAAAAGAGGCCCCUCCACUCCAGGGGGGAAGCUUAUACUCCCAGCUCCACAGAUUCCUCCACCUAAUAAUGCAAGAGCUCCCAGCCCUCAGGUGGUUUAUCAGAUGGCCAAUAACCAGGCACCAGGUUUUGGAGUCCAAGGACAGUCUCCAGCUCAGCAGCUGCUAGUUGGGCAGCAAAAUGUUCAGCUGGUCCCGGGUGCAAUCCAGCCCCAAGGGGCAGUACAAACAGUACCCAUUUCUAAUUUACAGAUAUUACCAGGCCAGUUGAUCUCAAACAGCCCAGCAACUAUUUUCCAAGGGACUACUGGCAACCAGGUUACGAUAACAGUUGUGCCAAAUACAAGUUUUGCUACUGCAACUGUGAGUCAGGGAAAUGCAGCUCAGAUCAUUGCUCCAGCAGGAAUUGCAGUGAGUGGAGCACAGACAGGAGUUGGGCUACAGGUGCAAACACUUCCACCUACUCAAGCACCUUCAGCUGGACAAUCACCGUGUACUGCUGCUCCCCCAUUCAAAGGUGAUAAAAUAAUUUGCCAAAAGGAGGAAGAAGCAAAGGAAGCAACAGGUUUACACAUUCAUGAACGUAAAAUUGAAGUUAUGGAGAAUCCUUCCUGCCGAAGAGGAGCUGCAAACACCAGCAAUGGGGAUGCAAAAGAGAGUGAAAUGCAGGUGGGAAGUCUUUUAAAUGGGAGAAAGUAUAGUGACUCCAGUCUACCUCCUUCUAACUCAGGGAAAACUCAGAAUGAGGCCAAUCAGUGCUCACAAGUCAGUAAUGGGCCGUCAUUAGAAAUGGGUGAGAACGGAGCUCCCGGAAAGCAGAACUUUGAACAAAUGGACACACAGGAAAUUAAAAGUGAUUUGAAGAAGCCCUUAGUUAAUGGAAUCUGUGAUUUUGAUAAAGGAGAUGGUUCUCAUUUGAGCAAAAACAUUCCAAAUCACAAAACUUACAAUCAUGUAGGAAAUGGUGAGAUAUCUUCAGUGGAACAACAAGGGAAUUUGGAUGCCACGCAGCAAGAUACUGCCAAAGGUGAUCAAGGGGAAAGAAUUUCUAAUGGGCCUGUAUUAACUUUGAGUAGUUCACCUGUUGUAAGCGGUACACAGGAGGCUGCAAAACUGUUAACCCAGCAACUUAGUGGUACCAACACUGAUUUACCUAAUGGACCUCUAGCUUCAAGUUUGAAUUCAGAUGUGCCUCAGCAACGCCCAAGUGUAGUUGUCUCACCACAAUCUACAGCCUCUGUUAUACA